GAAGAACUGCAGAGAGCACAGCUCAACGCACAAGACACGAGAAGACUCACACCAAGUGGAGGGACCCUCCAUAAACCUGAAGACUCUUUUAUAUAUAAUUUCACAUAGAAGCUUUUGAAGAAGACAAGAUGCCAGAGAAAGCUGCCCAGCCCAUGAUGGAGGAGGAGGUGGAGACUUUCGCCUUUCAGGCUGAAAUUGCUCAGCUGAUGUCUCUGAUCAUCAACACUUUCUAUUCCAACAAAGAAAUCUUCCUCAGAGAGUUAAUCUCAAACUCCUCAGAUGCUUUGGACAAGAUCAGAUAUGAGAGCUUGACAGAUCCAAGCAAACUUGAGUCCUGCAAAGACCUGAAGAUUGAUAUCAUUCCUGACCAGAAGACUCGUACCCUGACCAUUGUCGACACUGGCAUUGGCAUGACUAAGGCCGAUCUCAUCAACAACCUGGGCACCAUCGCCAAGUCUGGAACCAAGGCAUUCAUGGAGGCUCUGCAGGCUGGAGCUGACAUCUCCAUGAUUGGCCAGUUUGGUGUGGGUUUCUACUCAGCCUACCUGGUAGCAGAGAAGGUCACAGUCAUCACUAAACACAAUGAUGAUGAACAGUAUGUCUGGGAGUCUGCGGCUGGUGGAUCCUUCACAGUGCGGCCUGAUAAUGGUGAGCCUCUUGGUCGUGGCACAAAGGUGAUUCUUCACCUGAAGGAAGACCAGUCUGAAUAUACUGAGGAGAAGCGUAUCAAGGACGUUGUUAAGAAACACUCUCAGUUUAUCGGAUAUCCCAUCACUCUCUUUGUUGAGAAACAGAGAGAAAAGGAGGUCGAUCUUGACGAGGGAGAGAAGGAGGAGGAGGCAGCAGCUGGUGAUGACAAAGACAAGCCCAAGAUUGAGGAUGUGGGAUCUGACGAGGAUGAGGACAGCAAAGAUGGAAAAAACAAGAGGAAGAAGAAGGUCAAGGAAAAGUACAUUGAUGCCCAAGAGUUGAACAAGACCAAGCCUAUCUGGACCCGUAACCCUGAUGACAUCACUAAUGAGGAAUAUGGCGAGUUCUACAAAAGCCUUACUAAUGACUGGGAGGACCACCUUGCAGUUAAGCACUUCUCAGUAGAGGGCCAGCUGGAGUUCCGUGCUUUGCUGUUUGUCCCAAGAAGGGCAGCUUUUGACCUUUUUGAGAACAGGAAGAAAAGAAACAACAUUAAACUGUAUGUGCGCAGGGUCUUCAUCAUGGACAACUGUGAAGAGCUUAUGCCUGAAUAUCUUAAUUUCAUGAAGGGUGUGGUGGACUCUGAGGAUCUACCGCUGAACAUCUCCAGAGAGAUGCUGCAACAGAGCAAGAUCCUCAAAGUUAUUCGAAAGAACCUGGUUAAGAAGUGCCUUGAGCUGUUCACUGAAAUCUCUGAGGACAAAGACAACUACAAGAAGUACUAUGAGCAGUUCUCCAAAAACAUUAAGCUUGGUAUCCAUGAAGAUUCUCAGAACCGUAAGAAGCUCUCUGAACUUCUGCGCUACUACACCUCCAACUCCGCAGAUGAGAUGGUGUCUCUGAAGGACUACGUGUCCCGCAUGAAGGAAAACCAGAAGCACAUCUACUACAUUACUGGUGAGACAAAGGAACAGGUGGCCAACUCCGCCUUUGUGGAACGCCUUCGCAAAGCUGGUCUAGAGGUGAUCUACAUGAUCGAGCCCAUUGAUGAGUACUGUGUUCAGCAGCUGAAAGAAUAUGAUGGCAAAAACCUGGUGUCAGUCACCAAGGAGGGUCUGGAGCUCCCUGAGGAUGAAGAGGAAAAGAAAAAGCAGGAGGAACUUAAAGCCAAGUAUGAAAACCUUUGCAAGAUCAUGAAGGACAUCCUGGACAAAAAGAUUGAAAAGGUUACUGUGUCCAACCGCCUGGUUGCCUCCCCUUGCUGCAUAGUCACCAGUACAUACGGCUGGACAGCCAACAUGGAGAGGAUCAUGAAGUCUCAGGCUCUGAGGGACAACUCCACCAUGGGAUACAUGACUGCCAAGAAGCACUUGGAGAUCAACCCCCUGCACCCCAUUAUUGAGACUCUUAGAGAGAAGGCAGAGGCUGACAAGAACGACAAAGCUGUGAAAGACCUUGUGAUCUUGCUCUUCGAGACCUCCUUGUUGUCUUCUGGAUUCACCCUGGAGGACCCACAGACACAUGCUAACCGCAUCUACAGAAUGAUCAAACUUGGUCUUGGCAUUGAUGACGAUGAUUCAGCCGUCGAGGAUGUUCUUCAGCCCAGUGAGGAGGACAUGCCUGUUCUAGAGGGAGAUGACGACACUUCUAGAAUGGAAGAAGUCGACUAAGAUUUUUAAUACAAAUAGCACAAAAAAAAUGUAAAUGUAUUUAACUUGAACAUUGCUUGUUUUGAACACACAUUGUGGUUGGUAACAGCUAUAGAGCUUAAGGGCUAGUAAUGUUAUUGAUAGCAUAUUUAUUCUCUACUUUUUCAUUUUAAUUGUUUUAUUUGAAUACGUUUUGUGCUUGUUGGAAUUAGUCAUCGGAAAAUUGAAUUUUCUGGUGUUUUUUAAUUGUAACCUUUUUUUAAGAAAAGAAGGGAACUUAUAAUAUUUCUAAUAAAAUAUUCUCCAGAAAACA